AUGACUUCCCUCCAAGGUCUCGCAGACCAAGUCCAGCUUCAGACAUCUGAGUUAAGCAGGCUUUUGGCCGAAGCAAAUCUACCAUCUCCAUCCUUUGCCCCCGACGCACCUCCAGCGCCACCCCAUGGCAAGGAAUUCGAGAAGGUCCAAGCAGCUCGCAUGUCACUAAUUGAGUCGGCGAAUGCAAUCCGAGAUCUGGCUCUUGGACCCGAAGACUGCAUCACUGCAUUUUCAGAUGGGAUCAAGCACGAUCUCGCAGCACUGCACGUCAUCGUCGACUUCAACAUCCCACAGCUAGUUCCCCUCCAUGGCGAGGUCUCCUAUGCUGAAAUCGCUAGCAAAGUUGGAAUCCCAGAGUACCGUGUGCAUCGCAUUCUCCGACAUGCCAUGACCUCUCGUAUCUUCCGCGAGCCCCGUCCAGGCUACGUAGCUCAUACCGGGCCUUCGGCAGCCUUCCUCCGCAACCCCGUCCUCAGAGACUGGGUUUCCUUCAAUCUGGAUGAGGUCUGGAAAGCUGAUACUCAGCUCGUGGAGACUUUGCGAAAUUAUGGCGAUAGCGAGGAGCCUGCCGACUCCGCCAUUGGGCGUGCAUUCGGCUUCCCCAAAGGUCACACAUACUGGGACUUUGUUGCCAAUGAUGGCGAAGGCGAGAACAAGGGUUGGCGGCAGAGGCGCUUUGCUGAGGGCAUGAGGUUCCGGGCUGCGGGUAACCCGCAGACGCACCACCACUUGCACGCAGCGUUUGACUGGGCUGGACUUGGAAAGGCUAAGGUGGUUGAUGUGGGUGGCUCCGCAGGCCAUGUCUCGAUCGAGUUGGCCAAGGCCUUCCCUGAGUUGGAAUUCGUUGUCCAGGACUUUGAGGGCCUCAAGUCCUUCCAUGAUGGCGUUCCUGAUGAUCUUAAGCCGCGGAUCACUUUCGAAGCGCAGGAUAUCCUGCAGCCAAACAAGCACCAGAAUGGAGAUGUCUACCUGCUCCGCUCUAUUUUGCACGACUGGUCGGACAAAUACGCCAUCUUAAUUCUGAGCAAUCUAGUGCCAGUACUCAAGGAUGGUGCACGGGUAUUGAUCGCGGACUUCAUCGGACCCGAGACGACUCAAUCCGGACCCAUGUGGUUGGAGCGUCUUUCGACUAUCAGGUCUAUGCAGAUGAUGACAGUGGUGAACGCACCGGAGCGAUCUGAGAACGAUUGGAUUUCCGUGGUUAAACGGGCUGAUUCGCGCUAUUCUGUCAAGGCAGUCGUGACGCCUCUUGGGACAGCUAUGUCUGUUAUCGAGAUUGUUUUCAACGCAAGCGGAUAG